AUGGAAAAGCACCGUUGCCAGUCAGCGUUUCAGAACACGAAGCCUUUCUGUCCGAAAAGAUUGGUCGAAGUCGCAAGCGAAAAUUCGCCCGCAAGAUUACGUGACGAAUGGGAGCUCCCUACGGAGUUCAGAGCCUCCCCGGAAUAUUUGUGUCUUAGUUACUGUUGGGGUGGCGAUCAAGCGUUCAAGCUUAGGAAGGGCAAGGUGAUGGACACGUACCGGGAAGCCCUACCAUACGAUCACCUUCCACAGACGUUGAAAGAUGCUCUCACUGCGACCAAAAGCCUCGGCUAUCGCUACAUCUGGAUAGACUCUCUCUGCAUCAUACAAGACGACGAGCAGGACAAAGUGGAACAGCUACCGCUCAUGCCAGCCAUAUAUGAAGGGGCGACGGUAACCAUCGUAGCCGCGAGAGCAUCUAGUUGUAGGGAAGGCUUCCUGCAGCCGCUCAAGCCAUCUUUUGUAUACCCUAACGGAACUUUCUUUUUGCCGUAUCAUCCUGUUGACUCUCGCGCGUGGAUAUUGCAAGAAGAAGUCUUGUCUCCACGUCUCAUCGUUUACGGGUCAACAGCACUAUGGUGGUCAUGUCCUUGUGAAAGAAAAGUUCCCUACCGUUUUGCGGGUAAGGACAAUUGGCCGUUGUGGGAGGAUCCGCCUGCCUUCGUGAACCCUUUUUACGACUGGGCCAAGAUCAUCGAAAUAUACUCCAGGCGUCAGCUUACAAUGCCGGAUGACAAACUAGUAGCGGUAGCAGGUCUGGCCGCGGCCUACGCAAGAAGCGCAGACAACAUCUCUGAAAAGCUUGAGUACCUGGCCGGCAUAUGGCGACAUACUCUACCAUACGGUUUGUUGUGGAGGGUGGAUGAUCACCGUCAUCCGCGUCCCGUCAUGUACCGAGCUCCCACGUGGUCGUGGGCUUCAGUCAACGGAGAAAUCAACUAUCAGACGAUACCAAGGGAAAAACCAGAUUCCGUAUCCCAGGCGAAAGUGUUGCAAUGCACGGUGGAGCCUCGCUCAGCAGAUUUUCGUUAUGGCGCCAUCGCCUCUGGUACACUCAAGUUCGAUGGCGUAAUCAGACACGCCUAUCUUGUUUCGAUUGUUCCGGAGGCUCACAUUGUCCCCGUGGAGGUCCCGUGUAAGCCGUUGCAACCUUCUCCUCUCUGGUGUGUCUGGAUGCCAUGGAAGCCUACAGCAGCAGAAGGAAUCACGGUGGUGUGA